UGGAUGGAAUAGGGUUUUAGUUUAGCACUAGCGCACGCCUGGCGGCUCCGCCGAUCCACUGUUCCUCGAUCGCAGCAGCGCGCUGGAUCUGAUCGAUCCCCUCGGAGGUAAGCGGCAGGGAGUUUUGGGAAUGCGCGUUGCUCGAUCGACGAUAUCAGGCCGCUAGAUCGCGCUGUGGCUGAUAUUUCCACGAUGUGGCGCCUCAAGCAGCUGAUGCCCAAGGAUCAGGCCGGGCUGGAGGGCAAGAGCGUGGAGGUUGGCGCAUUGAAGCUCCAGGUGAGGAGCGUGGUCGCGGAAGGGGGAUUCUCGUCAGUGUAUCUCGCCAGGGACGCGCAAUCCGGGAAGAACUACGCCCUCAAGCAUUUGAUUUGCAACGAUGACGAGUCCCUUCACUUGGUUCGCAAGGAGGUCGCGGUGAUGAAGGCUUUGCGUGGGCAUCCCAACAUUGUCACGCUCCAUGCCCAUGCAGUGCUUGCCAAUGGACGCACCAAGGAGUGCUUUCUCGUGAUGGAUUACUGCGAGAAAACGCUGGUGGCUGUUUUGGACGCUAGAGGUGCCGGAUUCUUCGAGGAGAGGCAGCUCCUCUCGAUUUUUCGCGACAUUUGCAAUGCGGUUUAUGCCAUGCAUUGCCAGUCUCCUCCCAUCGCUCACAGAGACUUAAAGGCAGAGAACAUAUUGCUGGGUGCAAAUGGCUUGUGGAAGCUUUGUGAUUUUGGGAGCAUUUCUACGAAUCACAGGAGGUUCGAGAGAGCUGAAGAGAUGGGAGUGGAGGAAGACAUUAUCAGAAAACACACAACCCCCGCGUACCGUGCUCCCGAGAUGUGGGACCUUUAUCAGAGGGAAUUAAUCUCCGAGAAAGUCGACAUCUGGGCUCUUGGAUGCCUUUUGUAUAGACUAUGCUUCUUUAAGUCUGCAUUUGACGGGGAAUCGAAGCUACAAAUCCUGAAUGGAAACUAUCGAAUUCCAGAAGCCCCCAGAUACAGCGAAAACAUUACGCAGCUCAUCAAGGACAUGCUGAUGCCAAGUCCGGACUCACGACCAGACAUAUUGCAGGUCUGGAACCGCGUGAACGAGGCUCUUCCGAUAGAGAGCCGGAAAACUUUCCCAGAUAAAGUUUCGUCAACUGUAAAUAGUUCAAUCAUUCAGGAUUCUCUUGAAACAAAACCGCCUGUAAAGACUCCGUCACCACCUCCGGCUGCUAAGACGGCCGGCAGCUUCUGGUCGUCACAGUUAGCAGCAGAUGCAAAGCAUGACAGUGAUUCAGUAUCGAGUAAUAAUCUCGAAAACAGCGUAACGCCGCCUGUGAUGAGCGGAGGUCCGCCUCCUGGAUGGUCUGCCGGUUUUAACGGGUCCAACUCAACACAGAAGAACAGCGUCAACUCUGUACAGACGGAAAACGCUAGUGUAGAAACCAGGCCGGGAAACCUUUUCAAGAAGGGUGGCGUGGCACAUUUUGUGAAGAAGGUCGGGUCCUGGAAUAAAGACGAUGGUGAUGGGGACGGCUACGCCAUGAUGUCUGAAGUGAAUAUGGAACAACAGCAUGCUGAUCCCCAACUGAGUGCACCUUCAACGAAGGUGUCCGAAGUUUCAAAUGACGGGGCUUUCAAUGCUUUCGUGGCGGAAUUCGACAGCGCAGCGAGUGCCAAGAAUGUAGAAACGGAGAAGCUGAAGCUGCAACUGAAGCAGGCACUGGCUGAGAAGACAGAGUUCGCCGGGAAGUAUGAGAAGCUAACAGCAAUUUGCCGGUCACAGAGACAAGAGAUACAUGAGCUUAAGUCCGCUUUAGCUGCAGCGACGGCCAGCAAGGAACCGAUGCCAAAGCCGCCUCUCCAGUCUGCUAGUGCUCAAUCGAGACGCACUUCUCGUCCAGUAAACUGGAAUUCGACCGAACAGGACACUGAGAAAGACAAGGACAAACAGAACGGUUCUAUCUGGGAUUUGCAAAGCGGUUUGACAGCGCAAGCUUCUUCGAAGGGACUCUCACAACAAGCGCCCCUCGUCGACUCUUCGCCGUGGUCAGCCUUUGGUGAUGCCUUCAAAGGAAGCUCCACGAACUCGUCAUCUCCUACGCCACCGUCCAGUGAUCCUCCGCUUUAUACAGGCUCCGGACCACCGAGAAGGCAACACGCUAGAGCUGCGAGCUUGAGCGGAGGAGACACGUGGGGAUUCAACAGUAGCGGCUCCAGCUCGAUGAGUUUAAAUCAGCAGCAGCAGCAGCAGCAACAGGAUUCAAAGGGUGGUUUUCGAUCAUCAACAAUAGAUUCUUCGCAGAGCUCUAGAUCUCAGGCUCCGGCGGGCUGGGCUGGAUUCUAAAAGCAGCGGAUUAUAUCGGCCCCCACAGGUACUUUGUACUACUACUUUAUGCUUUCAAUAAAUGCACCAGUAUCUACA